GUGUUAUAUAUACAGACAUGUCUCUGACUGUGGAGUUGCUUAGCGGGUGGGGGAGUGUCGAAACGAUAAUAGCUACAAAAGAAGAACAAGUAGAUGAAGCCAUAAAAGCAUUGAUGUCAAAUUCCUCAAACCAGGAGAGUGUGAUCGGUCUAGACAUGAUACCAAUUCGAGCAGCACCAGGAUCAUCAACAUCUGGAAAAACCUCAAGUGCUAUCCUCCAGCUAUGCGACACAAGCAACUGCCUUGUAGUCCGGCUUCAUUCUGUCAAUGCCGUGCCUGAAUCUCUCUACAACUUCCUCAUCCUUCCAAAUUUUACAUUCGCGGGUUUUGGUAUAAAAGAUACAAAGGUUAGACUCGAGAAGGAUUAUGGCUUAGUGUGUAAGAACGUCUUUGAAGUUGGACCAGCCAUGUGGAACCCCUCUUGUCAACCCUUGCGUCAACCCUUGCGUCAAACGAUGAAAAAUAUGUGUAUGCCACCAACGAGUAGGAUCUCUGAACCCUGGGGUAGUAAUUUCGAACUAACGGAAGAUGAGAUCACAGUUGCUGUCUCAAAUGCUUUCUUUGCAUUUUGUAAUGCCGAAACAAUGCUUCACGGUUGGGAAUUUUAAUCGAUCAUUUUGUGUUAGUGCGUUUGAGAGUUUUAUUUUAGUUUGUUUUUUUCAUCAUUUUUUUUGUUCUCUUGUUAUGUUCUUUCAGAUCCUUGCCGUAUAAGAUCCAAUGAGUACGGUUUUAUUUUAUGUUUGGGGAGCUAAUCUCACGGGUGAUAUGUUCAAGCUCACUUAUCAAAGU